UAAAAAAAAACGAUCAGCGUUUGUUUGUCGGCUUAUUGGUUUUUGAGGUUAAGUCAUAUUAAUUAAAAAAAACUAAGAAUUGUGUGACAAAUAAUGGAAGUUCUCCGUAAAUCACCCGCUGCUAAAGCUCCGGCUCAGACUGAGAAUGGAGCGGAACCUUCGGCUCCGAUCACAAAAAAGGGAAUUUUAACUUCGUUUAAAACCGGAAAGGCGAUGAAUAUUCCUGAAACGGAUAUUCUGGGAAGAUGUCGUUUUGUGUCCGAGUUUGAAAAGUUAAAUCGUAUUGGGGAAGGAACCUAUGGAAUAGUGUAUCGCACAAAAGAUACACAAUCAGAUAAAAUAGUAGCAUUAAAAAAAGUUCGUAUGGAUUUGGAACGUGAUGGUAUUCCUGUAAGUAGUUUACGCGAAAUUCAAGUUUUAUUGAGUUGUCGCCACGAAAAUAUUGUUCAUUUAAAAGAAGUUGUUGUUGGAAGAAGUUUAGAAAGUAUUUUCUUAGCAAUGGAGUAUUGUGAACAAGAUUUAGCUUCAUUAUUAGACAAUAUGCAAGCGCCGUUCACUGAAUCUCAAGUUAAAUGCAUAAUGUUACAAGUCUUGAGAGGUUUGCGAUACCUUCAUCAUAAUUUUAUAGUUCAUAGAGACUUGAAAGUCUCUAAUUUGCUGAUGACAGAUAAAGGAUGUGUUAAAAUUGCUGAUUUUGGUUUGGCACGUUGGUUUGGAGUUCCACUUCGUCCAAUGACACCCCAUGUUGUAACUUUAUGGUAUAGAGCCCCGGAAUUGCUCCUCCAAGCCCCUACACAAACGACAAGUGUGGAUAUGUGGGCUGCUGGUUGUAUUUUGGGCGAAUUAUUAGGACACAAACCUUUAUUACCUGGUCGAUCAGAAAUUCAGCAAUUAGAAUUGAUUGUUGAUUUACUUGGGACUCCUUCCGAUGCUAUUUGGCCAGGAUUUAGUAAUUUACCUGCCUUACAGAAUUACACUUUAAAACAACAACCAUAUAAUAAUUUGAAGCAAAGAUUUCCGUGGCUAUCAGCCGCUGGUUUGAGACUUCUAAAUUUUUUGUUUAUGUACGAUCCACGCAAACGAGCCACAGCCGAGGAAUGCUUGCAAAGUAGCUAUUUUAAAGAAGCUCCGUUACCUUGUGAUCCUAAAUUAAUGCCAACUUUUCCACAACAUAGAAAUAUUAAAGGAGGGAGUAAAAGUACAGCAAAUGAGGUUAUUAAUACUGGCGCUGGGGAUCAAACCAAUAAUUUACCCGCUAUUUCUGAUUUGCUUGGAUCUUUAGUUAAGAAGAGGAGAGUUGAAUAAAAUUUAUAAAUUACC